CCGCCAGUUGCGUCCGGACGAACGACCGUAUCGUGCACGUUUCGGUUUAACGCGUCGUCCCCGCGGUUCCCCUGUCUUAUCGUGUUCGUUGCCGCCGACCGAUGAUGUCGUUGCACGCGCCUGGUAGUGGCAGCGGUCGUGCGGGUGCGUGCGAGUGAGCGUUCGGACGGGCGGGCGCGGGGGUGAAAGAGAAUCGGCGGGUACGUGCGAGUGCGAACGCGCGUACCGCGCCAGUGUCUGGUCUGCCAGUGCGUGUGCGAGUGCGCGCGCCGCUCUACCUAUCAUCGUUGUGGUCGUCGUCGUCGUCGUCGGAGAGAACGCGCGCGUGCGAUCGCCUUACGAAAAUGGCGUCGACGUCGCGCGACAACCAGCCCGGGAAAACUAAUACCGCCGCCGCUGUCACGCCGCCGCCCCCGGUACAGCACAAAUAUUCGUCGAGAAUCAGAACUCGUAAAGAAAAAAAAACAUAUUCAGAAGAUUGGGCGUUCGGAGAUGAAGAAGAAAUUGAAGGUGUACGAUCUUUUAGUCUUCAAGAUAAACUUGACUCAACACGUUAUACACAUUCCAAUUUUGUUAAGCAGAUGGACGGAAAAGAUUUUACUAUUUCCUACUUACAAAAAAAUGGUUUUACAAUACCAUUGUUGUUUAAUGAUAAAGUAGGUCUCGGUUUACAUGUUCCGAGUCCAAAUUUUUCUGUAAAUGAUGUUCGUACUUGUGUAGGUUCAAGAAGAACGUUAGAUGUAAUGGAUGUAAACACUCAAAAGAACUUUGAAAUGACAAUGAAAGAAUGGACUAAGUAUUAUGAAGAACCAGUUAAAGACAAACUAUUAAAUGUAAUUUCACUCGAAUUCAGCCACACAAAACUAGAAAAUUACAUAAAACGUCCUAAUAUUGUGCGAGAAUUGGAUUGGGUUGAUUGUGUUUGGCCCAAACAUUUGAAAGAAAGUCAAACAGAAUCAACUAAUGUAAUAGAUGAUAUGAUGUAUCCAAAGGUACAAAAGUAUUGUUUGAUGUCUGUUAAAGGCUGUUAUACAGAUUUUCAUAUUGAUUUUGGUGGUACAUCUGUUUGGUAUCAUAUAUUAAAAGGGAGCAAAGUGUUUUGGUUAAUACCUCCUACGGAACAAAACUUUAAAUUGUAUGAACAAUGGAUAUUGUCUGGCAAACAGGGUGACAUAUUUUUCGGUGAUACUGUUGAGGAAUGUGGACGUGUAUCAUUGAACGCAGGAGAUACAUUUUUCAUACCUACUGGUUGGAUUCAUGCUGUUUAUACUCCUAAAGACUCUUUAGUAUUUGGAGGAAACUUUUUACAUUCCUUUGGCAUUGAAAAACAACUCCGUGUCGCAGAAGUUGAAGAGUCCACCAAGGUUCCUCAAAAGUUUAGGUACCCCUUUUUUACCGAAAUGUUGUGGUAUGUUUUGGAACGUUAUGUUUAUUGUGAUUUGGGUAUAUCUCAUUUAGAAGAAAGUGCUGAAACUUCUCCAGCCCCAGUUGAACAUCUUCAUUUUACUAAACAGGAGCUUCAUGGCAUUAAAGCAAUAGUAAGAUAUUUACAUGUAUUACCAUCUAAUAAAAAAAGUGUUCCUCCUCUUAUCAAGAAUGCUAUUGAGUUAAUAAAAAAUGUAGCUAUCGUUAUAAAUAAACAUAAGAAUGAUAAACCUGAAGAUGCUAUUAGUGGUAAACCAAUUCUUAAAAUGCAAGGAGACAAAGAAAGAGAAAGAAGAUUUUACAAAACUGCUGGAGACAUGAAUAGCAAAGUGAAAAUCCGCAAAACAGGAAAUGCGGCUACCUCAGGUCCACGAAGAAGGCGUACUAGAUGUAAGAAAUGUGAAGCAUGUAAACAAGCAGACUGUGGAGAAUGUUCAUUCUGUAAGGAUAUGGUAAAGUUUGGUGGGCCUGGUCGAGCUAAACAGACAUGUGUCAUGAGACAGUGUUUACAGCCAAUGUUACCAAUUACUGCGGCUUGUGGAAUUUGCUCAUUAGAUGGUUGGGGUCAACAAAUAGUUAUACCCAUACAAAAAACUGCUAAAGAUAGUCCUAGUAAUCUAAUGGAAUGUAGUGUAUGCUUUGAAAUAGUCCAUCCAGACUGUUUAUUAAAACAAUCUAUUUUUACGAAUAAUGGUACUUACAAUGAAGAUCUACCUAAUAGUUGGGAAUGCCCAAAAUGCUGUAAAGAAGGGAAGCAUUUGGAAAGCAAGCCUCGCCACUUCCGUGCUCGACAUAAAUCAUCAGACAUUCGUCGAACUUCAGUCAGUAGUAAUGAUAAUACUCAAAAGCGUUUUAAGGAAAAUGAUUAUUCUGAUACAAACUCAGAAAGUGACAUGGACAAUGGUCCUAAUAAAAGACUGAAAAUGGAAAAAAAAGAAAACGAAUCUAAAGAACAUUCGCCAACUUUACCGAAAUGGACGGAAGAGCAUUCUAUGAAAGUGUUAAAUCGUUCUGUCAAUGUCGAGGAGGCCCACAUGUCAACGUACAACAACUCCGCGGUCUCUCCGUCCGUCGCGGAGCAGCAGCAACAGCAGCAGCCGCCGACGCAACAACAGUCGCAGACACAACCCCCACAAUCGCGCAAAAUCGAUUUACGCAAGCAGUUGGCCAGUCAACUAUCGGGUGGUUCGAGCAAGCACUGCAACGUGCUGAAGAAACAGUCGUACGUGUCUAAACCUACCAAAGGUGGCGGACAAAAGUCGCUGCCCGGCGGGGGUGGUGGCCAAUCUCAGGGUGCGGGCGGCGGCAACGUGAACGGGCACCACAACAACCACGCGCACCACAAUUAUUGCACUGACGCAGCAUGCGUGCUGCCGGUGUUCGAGUACCUCACGCCCGCCGAGUUGGCCAAGUGCGCGCUGGUGUGCCGCUCCUGGGCCGCCCUGUCCGUGGACCCGUCGUUGUGGCGCAAGCUGGACGUGACCGGCAAACGGUUGACGGCCUCGUGCUUGGCCGGCGUGGUCAAACGGCAGCCUGAGGUGUUGCUGAUGGACUGGACCGCGAUCGCCAAACGACAGCUGGAAUGGAUGAUCGCCAAGCUGACCCGGCUCAAAGUGCUGUCGCUGCAGGGCUGCUCGUGGAGCGGUGUGACCGCUCUGCGCAGCACCACCGUGGUGCCGCCGUCGCUCACCACGCUCGAUUUGAGUUUCGUGACAGGCAUGAGUGACUCAUCUCUGCGUGACGUCCUGUCCCCGCCGUCCGACUCGCGGUCCUCGUCUAACGACAACACCAACCGCGCCCGGUUCCGCAACCUCCGGACCUUGAAGCUGGCCGGCGUGGAUGUCGGCGACGUGUCACUCCGGUACGUGGUCCAGUACGCACCGAACCUGGUCGAACUGGACCUAUCGCAAAACUAUCGGAUCUCGGACGCUGGCAUUGCGCAGCUCACUACGCCCGUCGGCAAUGCCGUGUCCACGCUCGAGGUGCUCGACCUGUCCGGUUGCGUGUCUAUUUCCGACGCGUCGCUCGACCAUCUGCUCAAGUGCUCGGCCCUCCGACGACUGGACAUGAAGCAAACGCCCAAGGUCACCACCGCGGCCAUUAACAAAUUCCUGAUGGUCAACAACCGGUUCUCGGUCUCGGCCACCGAGACUCGACUGCUAAUUAAGUCAGCUCCUUCUGCAGAAGAAACUUCUUCUGUUGCUACGAGACGUGAUUCAACGGGCAGCAGUAGUUAAGUCGGGCCGGUUCGGUCCAGAGGAGCAAGAGAGAUCACUACCACCAUCACUGUGUGACUUUGUCUUAGUGGUUCCUGAUGGAUAAGUGGAUGGAACAGUGUUAGAACUAUAAUUUUUAAAGCGAUUGAUAACUAUGAUAACUCGUCAAGACAAACAAGUCCUAGACUGAGACGCGUGUUCCCUUUUUUCCCAUUUACCUAGAUAUGUAUAUUUUUUCAUUUUUUUCCAACCCCGGGUAGUAUUUUUUGUAUUUAUUUUAAAUCUCCGUUGUACAACAGUGUUUAACUUGUUUUAUUACAUUUUUCCCCUUUGUAUUUGUGUGAUGUUCUUGUACAUUUUACCUGAAAGAAGUUAGUUGACAUGCCAUUAGUGUACUACAGUCUUUAAUAAUUGAUCACUGAAAGUAACCUUUGAUCGGUGUGUACAACUGUCAAAACUUGUGUUGAUUUGUUUUUACUUCAAAACAUCAAAAUUUUAUUUUAUUAUUUACUAAAAAUUAUAUAAAAAAAGACUGAAGUUU